AUGAAGUUCUCCAUUGUUCCCGUUGUCUUCGCCCUCGCUUCCAGCGUUUACGCUGCCCCCAGCGCGCAGCCUGCCGAGCAUGCUGAGCUCGUCGCUCGCGGCAACUGCGGUACCGCCGCCAAGGACUGCCAGUGCUCAGCCAAGUUUGACAAGUUCGCUAACCCGGCGACCCUUGGCUCCACCGUCUCGGCCCGCAUCUCGGGAGCCGACCGCGGCCUGACGUCUUCCGACUGGAAGGGCUCCAACGGCGAGGGUCAAUCAUCGCUUUGCAGGGUCACCGUCGAUCGCGUUUGUGGAGACUGCUUCUCUUGGAAGACGACGACGGAUAAGUGCGGUUUCUACGGUCUCACCAGCUUCGCCUGCGUCCCUGCGUAG